CGUCUAGAAACCUGCCACAUGACUCGAGGAAAGCAGGAAGUGGUAAAAAGGAGUCACCAGAGUCACCUAUUACUGAAAUCCCGCAUCCAGCACAAAACACUUUGUCAGUACCACCAGCGCUCUAAAAGGAGAGGAAAGGAACCGAAAAAAUGUACUGGAGACUUUUUCAUGUGACAUUAUUUCUUGUCGUCUUCGCAGGAACGACAUACGCGGAAUCUGAAUGUUCCACAAUACUGAUGUGUGACGAGUGCUAUAACGCCAGUAAAGACUGCAGCUGGCUGGAGUGCGGAGAAGCAAAACCCCAGUGUGUGAACGAGACGACCACCAACACCACCAACUGCUUUAAUGCUACUUGUGCAGCCCCAGCACCAACAGGUGUGGCCACGACCCCCGCCUCCCUCCCCACUGCUGAGCCCACUAGCGCUAACAUCACCAACUCUACUGUCGAGCCCACCUCAGAAUCUAUGAACACAACAACAGCACACCCUCCUGCCCCCACCACCCACGACUCCAACACCACAGUCCCCAGCUCUGCAGCCUCCAACGUAACCGUGACGACCGUGGCUCCGUCCCCCUCCAAGUCGUCGACGUUUGACGCGGCCAGCUUCAUCGGGGGCAUCGUGCUGGUGGUGGGCCUGCAGGCGGUCAUCUUCUUCGUCUACAAGUUUUGCAAGUCCAAGGACCGCAACUACCACACCUUGUAACACACACACACACACACAUAAAGAGACGCACACAAACGCGUCCGCUGCGUAGAGGCAUCACACUGGACACACACACACACACGCUCAUGGCCCCUCAUUUUUAGAGUCACAAACACAAACAUACACACACAUAGAUUGCAAAUCCUGACUAUAUAGGCCUAAAUAGAUAAAAGCCAUGUGCAUGUGUGCUCCCUGAUGCACACACUGACUCAUGCAACAUCACCCUCCCAAAUAAUGACAUCCUAAUGAUAUCUGAGACUCCUUCAUGGUCUUGGGCAAAUAAAGACAUAUGCAUGAAUCUUGAAUAUUUACAUAUACACACACACACACACACCCACCCACAUUUUCCAAGACAAAUGCCUUUAUUUUGAACACGUAAGAUGCAAACACAUAAAAAAAAAACCUGAAAGCAAUUAUGUCUCAUCAGCGUUCGAUCACAGACCUGUGUCUGUACUGAGGGUGUGUGUGUGUGUUUGUUUGUUUGUGUGUGUGUAUUAUCCCUGACCUCCAGAGGCCUGCCAAGGGCAAUCUGUUUGGCAGAGCAGAGGCCAAAUCAGCCGGGAGCUGCAAGUGCUUUUUAUUUUUUUUCUCUCCCCUCACCUUUGGAGGUUUUUUGGCGCGUCUACCAUGUCCACUGACAGCUAACUGAAAUAGCCAUGCUGUAAAAUGCCCCGCUCACAUUUACGCCCCCCCCCCCCCCCCCCCCUCCAGUCACCCCAAGCUCCCUUCCCACUCUGUGUUCAUUGCCAUUAAAUAGCGCGGGGGGGGGGUCCCUAGUGUGGCUACGUUUUUGAACUUAACGUGGUCAAUUAGUUGGUAGCACGAUCGUGUUGACGCCACUAGGACAGGCUCCCUCUGCUGCUAAUUUGUAAUUGAUGAAACGUGUGUGUCCUGUGAGGUUCUCGUAUCUCAACGGCCCUCUUUCAAGGCAGAUCAAGUGUCUGCAUCUCUCACAUUAUGAAAGCAGGACUUGGAUAUUUUAAACCAUAAACCGCCCAAUGAUCAUCUAACACACACUUGCAUCUAUCCAUUACUAUUUAGCAGCAAGCAGGUGAGGCAUAGUGUGGGUUUCCAAGAAGCUUAUUGGUUGGUUUGCCAACAGCGUUUGCAGGUGUGCAGUUUAAAUCCGCUAUGCUAAUGUGUGAGGUCAGCUAUUGAGUAAUGCAAUACAAGCCACUGCAAUAACAGGUAAAGACCUCUGUUGGCAGUUGGGCUCAGUAACUUGUGCUUGCAAGAAAAUGGUGAUUUAUCAAGAUCCCACAUCACCACAAUGAGAUAUGUGUUUUCAGAUGGUGUGUUUAGUUUGUUAGAUUUGCCGAUAUAUGUGUGUGCGUGCGUGUCUGUGUGUCCGACGCAGUCGUGGGAUAAAACGUGUGUCUUUUGGGAAGCCAAAAGAGGAAGCCAUGGCAGACGAAGUGCCUUCAGUGUUGACUCAAUCAAGAGGUGUCUGAGACGAAGAGGGGCCGUAGUCUUCCUCCUCACUCAAGAGCUUUGAAUGUGUUAUGAGUGUGACUGCGGAAUCCUGACGUGUGUGUGUGUGUGUAUGGAUUUGAUGUUGAAGGAAAUGGAUGCUCCAGCUGGACUGAUUGCUUUAAUAACUAUAAGUCGUAGUCAGUGAAGAUUUGAUGUUGAUGCUUAAUUGAUUAACUUGUGUGUCAGAGGGGAAAUCAUCUUUGUAUUUCUACUUUGUAAGAAUGACACUUAUGUGUUUUACAGGCCUUUGAGCUUUUUGACUGCUGUCAUGGAUUGAGCAUGCUUGUAAGCGUGAGUGUUUUGGCAGUGAAGAGACCCUUAUUUUGAGACCCUUAUGACUCUAGCCUUAUGUUGACGUGUUUUUUUUUGUUUUGUUUUAAAUUGGCGGGGGUGGAUGGUUGCUGGGACAUUGUGUCGAUCAUGCUCCGACUACUGGCCAUCAUAGCCUGGAGGUCAAGAGACUCCAGGGGUUGACCGUUUGCUCUUCUGCACAAUUCUGUAAAAUGAUCCAAACUCAAAAGUGACAGCAUUUCAGGAAGACGUUUAGUGUAGAGCUAACCAUUUGAAUUGUAGCUAUUACAAAUAAUAUGACUGAAUAAAUGAACCACACCCCAAUCUAAAAGACUGAUGGUAGAAGAGAGGUGGUGAUGCUUAUUUUUUUGUUUGUUUGUUGGUGUUGCGUUUUAUUGGGUUGCUUGUGGUGGCUUGCAGAACAAGGCCUGUAUCUGGCUAGCUCCGCGCUGAGCCUGCUCUGAGCCCAUUGCUAUCUGUUCCAGUUGCGAGUGCAAUCUGGAAAGAUGUUGCGGGAAGAAAACAUAUACAUAUACAUACACAUACACACACAUGCAUAAAGAUGCUCACACACACACACACACACACACACACGAGGGUCCUUCACAUCACAACCUAUCAGACUCCUGUUUAACACCACAAAAAGCUCCCAUCACAAGGCCAUUUUGUUCUGUGGGUGGUGGAGUGAGCCCCAUGCUGACAGUGUGUUCCAGCUUGAAGGAUGGUUCUAGAACUUCACUGAGAUUGUGCUGGGUAAAUAUCUGGGGGCCCCCCUAUGUGUUGAUCUGUCUUGAUGCAUAAGCCCAGUCUGAAGGAUCCUCAUGCUUGCCACAGUCUUUCUACCAGAAAUCAUUGCUUUUAGUUUUCUUUUGCUUUCUUGAUAGUUUGGCAGCAGAAGAGUAGACAUAUUUCUCGCAUUGUGCUCACAUUUGUAGAGAUGUUCUUUUCUUUAUUAUAUAUGUGUGUGUGUGUGUGUGUGUGUCGGGAGGGGGGGGGGGUUUGGUUAUUUGGUUAGCGCAAGUAAUUGAAUAAUUUCCUUGUGGGGGGGGGCUUAGACUUGCACAAAGAAAGCUUGAAUACGCAAUACACAUUUAAAAAGGCAAAAACAGCCAAAAAAUGGAAAAAAAUAAAUAAAAAAAAACGUAAAUGCUGCAGACUCCUUACACCACUCCGUUAACGCUCACUUAGUCAGGUCCAACCAGAGACUGGGAGAGGGACCUGUUUCAUCCCAACCACCUUCACCCACACGCAUCACCUCCCACCUGCUUGCCUCUUAGCCUAAUAUUCACCACUCCACAACUGCUUCACGUGUAUUGCCUUGUACGAUUUCAAUGAGGAAUGCAUGGUGUGUAUUCGCCUGAAUGUUGGUUUUUAGUUGAAGUAAAUCUUUGUUUUGUUUAAUUAGUUGGGUUUGUUUUUGUCUGUUUUGUUUUAAUACAAUAAAUCGUACAUUUGAAAGGGGUGUAUAUUUAAUAUUGCAUAGUUGCCAAAACAGUGCUAGGUUUUUUCCAAAGAUUCAAUAGGAGGCGAGUCUGAAGGAUGCGUAGAAACCAUGUGUUCUCCCCGGCUCUUUAAGGAGAAAAGAACCUCCCACGUCUGCUCUCUGGGCCCUCUCAUUGGCUAAUUGGUGCCUCCCGGUGUCAGGGGACGCCAUCAUUACCGAACAGAAAAUCUCAAAGUUCUACUGGAACCUUCGCCUAAAACAAGUAGACUUCUUUUUUUUUUUUUUUUUGUCCUGAGAGCCUUUUAAAGCAUGCCAAUCCAGUUCUGGAAAAGUGCCUUAACUGAUUUCUGUUUGGAGAGUUAGGCUCUACUAGGCCUGUCUGAAUGCUAGUAAGCCAUAAAGAGAACGGGCCUGCUUUGCCUGGCUCUAAUGGGAUGUUGAAUGAACCCGUUGUGCUUUGCCCGAAGGCGAGCAAUUGGGAUCAGGAAGUGGCCUUGACAGCCCUCUUUGCACCUCUGCCUCAGUGCAGUCACGUGGCAGCCAUGUUGAAGUCAGAGAUGAGAUCAGAAGGUGGCUAGCGUGUCGACACGGGGGAUGCAGAUAGCAACCAUCUUGACUUAGAUAAACUUGAGGUCCAUCAUCUUAUGGAGGUCACUAAAAACCUCAUGCUUGCAAUUUGAUUCUUUGUUUUUAAUCAGAAAUGUGUUUCACUUUGUUGCUUGCCUCUGUCUCUUUUUUUGGCCUACAAAUGAAUAUUGUUACCUUUCUUGCCUUGACUUGAUUGAACAGUCAAAAUAUUCCACAACUAAGCAUUCAUGUGCACACCUUUUCACACACACAGCCACUUGUUCAUACACACUCUCUCACAGUCAUGUGAGUGUGUGGAGAUGAAGUUACAUUGCCAUGAUGCUGCCUUAAGAUUGUGCCACACUGGUGUAAUGUGUGUGUGAUUUUGUUUUUGUUUUUCCUCCCUGAAGUUCUGUUUUGCCUUUUGGUUUAUUUUUGUUUGUCUAGUUUUGCGAUUAGAUUGAAAAUGUUGAAAAUCAAUGAAAUAAAUGUUGUGAGAACGGUUUGUGUGA